AUGAAAGAAAAACCGUUCCAUCAUCGAGGUGAAAUCUUUGAGCUCAAAGCGGAGCUAAACAGCGACAAAAAAGAUAAAAAGAAGGAAGCUGUUAAGAAAGUAAUUGCUAGCAUGACUGUGGGAAAGGACGUGAGCUCUCUAUUCCCUGAUGUUAUCAAUUGCAUGCAAACCGAAAAUUUAGAAUUGAAAAAGUUGGUCUACUUGUACUUGAUGAACUAUGCUAAAACCCAACCUGAUAUGGCUAUCCUAGCUGUCAAUACCUUUGUCAAGGAUUGUGAAGAUCCCAACCCACUUAUUCGAGCUUUAGCUGUAAGAACGAUGGGUUGUAUUAGAGUGGAUAAAAUCACUGAAUACUUAUGUGAACCUUUAAGAAAAUGCCUUAAAGAUGAAGAUCCAUACGUUCGCAAAACAGCGGCUGUUUGCGUUGCUAAAUUGCAUGAUAUUAAUUCCCAACUUGUUGAAGAUCAGGGCUUCUUGGAAAGUCUCAGAGAAAUACUAUCAGAUUCCAAUCCAAUGGUUGUUGCUAAUGCUGUUGCCUCUUUGAGCGAGAUUCACAAAACUUCUCCAAAUCCAACUGGUGUAUUUGAUAUGAAUUCUGGAACUGUAAACAAGCUCUUGACUGCUUUAAAUGAAUGUACUGAAUGGGGACAAAUCUUUAUAUUAGAUGCUAUUGCAGAGUACCAACCAGUCAGUGACCGCGAAGCACAAAGCAUUGUCGAACGUGUAACACCACGUCUUUCUCAUGCUAAUGCUGCCGUAGUAUUGUCCGCUGUAAAGGUCUUGAUGCAAAUGAUGGAAAUUAUAAAGAAUGAUCAAAUUAUUGACCAACUAAGCAGAAAGCUGGCACCGACAUUAGUUACCUUGUUAUCAUCGGAACCUGAAAUUCAGUAUGUCUCCUUGAGAAAUAUUAACCUAAUAGUUCAAAAACGGCCGGAAAUCUUAAGAAACGAAAUAAAAGCUUUCUUCGUUAAAUAUAAUGAUCCAAUUUAUGUUAAACUGGAGAAACUUGAUAUUAUGAUUCGCUUAUCGACUUCGAGUAACAUUGCACAAGUAUUAGCUGAAUUGAAAGAAUACGCAACCGAAGUUGAUGUUGAUUUUGUACGCAAAUCUGUUCGUGCGAUUGGUCGUUGUGCUAUUAAAGUCGAGCAAGCCGCAGAGAAAUGCGUCAGCACAUUGAUUGACCUUAUACAAACUAAAGUCAAUUAUGUAGUCCAAGAAGCUGUUGUAGUCAUUCGGGAUAUAUUUCGCAAAUAUCCUAACAAAUACGAAAGUAUCAUCUCUACACUUUGUGAAAAUUUAGAUUCCUUGGAUGAGCCUGACGCAAAGGCAUCAAUGAUAUGGAUUGUUGGAGAGUAUGCUGAGAGAAUUGAUAAUGCUGAUGAAUUACUCCAGUCAUUCUUGGACGGUUUCCACGAUGAAACAACACAGGUACAACUACAGUUACUCACUGCCAUUGUCAAGCUCUUUUUGAAGCGUCCAGCCGAUACACAGGAUCUUGUUCAGUCUGUUUUGAGUUUGGUCACGCAAGAAAGCGAUAAUCCUGAUCUGCGUGAUCGUGGCUAUAUUUACUGGCGUCUAUUAUCAACGGAUCCAGCAGCUGCCAAAGAAGUAGUAUUAGCUGAAAAACCUUUAAUUGCUGAAGAAACCGAUUUAUUGGAGCCUACGCUACUUGAUGAGUUAAUGUGUCAUAUAUCAACUUUGGCCUCUGUUUAUCAUAAGCCUCCUAGUUCUUUUGUUGAAGGAAACUCACCCAUCAGAAAGCUUCCUAUACCGCGUGAAAGCACUACCUCCUCAGAUAACACUGAUGCAGCUGAAAACCAAGUUCAAACACAACAACAACCUGCUGCUGCCGCCCCUGCUCAACCUACGGUAAUUUCUACACCUCAAGAGUCUGCUGUAGCAAUGGAUCUAUUAGGCGACUUAGCAUCCUUUGACUCAACACCAUCUACAACUGCCAACGACAUGUACGCUCCAAAUGUGCAACCUGCUGGUAGCAGUGUAAUUGAUCUGCUAUCUGGUACCUUGGAUUCAUUACAAAUGGGUGGCAAUACAGCUGGAAAUCAAAGUGGCGGUCUUAGUAGUCUUUCGGAUAUGUUUUCGACAGGGACUUCUACAUUUUCUGAACCGAAAGUGGUUUGGCUAUCUGCUGCUCAAGGCAAAGGCUUAGAGAUUAGCGGAACAUUUUCCCUCCGUCAAAAUGUAGUCCAUAUGGAUAUGACUUUCACGAAUAAUGCAAUGCAAGCGAUGGGUGGAUUCGCGAUUCAAUUUAACAAGAACAGUUUUGGUCUUGUCCCUGCAGCACAAUUAGAAGUUAGAUCACCAUUGCCACCAAGACAAAGUGCUGAUUCUUCACUUCAGUUGAAGCCUUUGGGCGCUAUCCUUAAAAUGGAUCCAUUGAACAAACUUCAAAUUGCCAUUAAAAAUAGCAUUGAUGUAUUCUAUUUUGAUGUAUUAAUACCGUACCAUGUAUUAUUUGUCGAGGAUGGUAAGCUGGAAAGUAGGGAAUUUCUCACGCAAUGGAAGGAGAUACCAAAUAAUAGCGAACGCUCUUUCGAUAUCAACAAUGUACCAGCUUCAUCAGACGCGAUCGAGAAUAAACUUAAGAUGAGCAAUGUAUUCACUGUUGCUAAACGUAAUGUUGACGGACAAAAUAUGCACUAUAUGUCAUUGAAAUUUACGAAUAACAUAUUAGUGUUGGCUGAACUAAAGAUCCAAUCUGGAAAUCCAACUUUGAAGCUGGCCCUGAAGAGCUCAAUUGCAGAAGUUCUCCCUGGAGUCUAUCAGGCCUUUGAGUUAAUUUUGCACAGCUAG